AUGAACGCCUCUACACUGAACUUCACCUCUACUGAAACUCAUUUCUUUGGGUUAAUGAGCAUUCUGGAGAUGUGUAUAUACAGCUUCAGCGUACUGUCUGGUCUUCCUACACAAAUCUAUGUGAUUUAUCUAAUCGUCACAGGACGCAGAAUCACAUCUGAGUUCUUCAACCUCAAUCUCGCUGUUUGUGAAAUUAUCAUCUCCCUGCAAUGUUUUUGUCAUUUACUGGCAUUUUUCUAUUCAAGUCUCUCCAGCUUAAUAACAUAUUUAUCAGGACUGAGCAUUACCGGUCGUCCUCUGUUUCAGUGUCUGAUCUGUGUCGAGCGUUACCUGGCUGUGGUUCAUCCUGUAAUCUUUCUGAAGUACAAACCUCUCAGAUAUAAAGUCAUCUGUUGCCUUGCUGUCUGGAUCCUUUGUAUUGUAUCAUGUUUGUUCUGCGAGUUUAUUACAGCCUCAAUAGGCCUUUUCCUCCUCUUCAUCUCCAUUCAGUUGUUUUGUUGUUUGGCUGUUCUCAGAGCUCUGAAGCAGUCAGGACCAGGAGAGAGAGGAAAAGAGAAAGAGGAGGAAAAUCAUAUGAAGAGAAGAGCGUUUUAUCUCAUUCUCAUUACUACUGUAAAUACGGUUAUCAUGUACGCUCCACUUAUUAUAACUGGAUUUCUCACCAUUCUGACAAAACAGAAUAUUCGGGCACUUUGGCUUUUUUGUUCUAUUUGUUUUAGUCUGCCUGGUUUUGUGCAACCUGCUCUUUAUCUGCACGGGGCUGGAAAACUCCUCUGCUUCUUUUCCAAAUAA